AUGAACGCACAGAAUCGACUGACCAUCAAUGCUGUCGCUCUCAUAUCGCCCUCCAACUCACCCAUAAUAGUACACACUUACAGGUCACAUCCCUCUUCCCUCAAAUAUCACUUCGUCGCUCAUACCGCACUCGACAUUAUCGAGGAACGUCUCGCAACCGGUACAGAUUGUUACCUUGGACUUCUUCACACACUCGAAGAUCAGGCUGUGUACGGCUACGUAACCCCAACACGCAUACGAAUCGUCAUAUCCCUCGCCCUCACCGACACCCUCGUUCGAGAUGCAGACGUGAUCACGACAUUUAAAUCCCUACACACCGCCUAUGCCCGAGCUCUGGCUAACCCAUUCCUACCCGCAAGAGGCACUUUACUCUCUCCUGCCGCUGAACAACAGAACGGGACUGGUCCAAACCCACUCGAUUCAUCCUCCCUUCUAGUGGGUAGCAAAGCACUCCAGCGAAGAUUAGUAGAGAUCGGUGAUGCUCUUGGUGUUGACGAACAUAGCUGA